UGGUGUGUGGUGAAGUGUGUGUGUGUGUGUGUGUGUGUGUGCGUCCUCUGCCUAUUCUCUAAAUAACCUGUUGAGCCAGUCAAGCUCACACUCAGUCUCAGGCCGCAGUGGGCUCAGCUCUUCACUUCUCCUUCUUUUCCGACUCUGAUCUCAACUGAAGCGUCACUAGAUCCGAGGAAAAACCUUCCGGAAGAAGAGAAAAAAAAGAAGAAGACAGGACUGGAAAGUCUCUGCCACAGUGGAAGAAGACUGGACUGCACCGAGGGCCCGACUGCGUGUGUGUGUGUGUGUGUGUGUGUGUGUGCGUGUGCGUCUUAGGUGCGUCCAGCUGAAAGGAGGUCAUGUCAGCGACACUCACCUGCGCCUGCUUCCUCCUGUGGAUCAGCUUCGCCACGCAGGACAAAACCCCAGAGGUCACCGUGACGUGCUCCGUGUCGGAGGACUGCGUGCUGCCCUGCAGCUUCCCGCCCGCCGGCGAGGAGACCGUCGAGUGGUUCAGACAGGACGUGGUGGUGUACAAGUUUGAGCGGGAAGACGAGGACGACGAGGACGAGGACGAGGACGACGACGACGACAGCAAGAGCAGCAGCGAGGAGCACCUGGACCACCAGCAGCUGGGCGGGCGCGCAUCCGUGUUUCCGCACCUGAUAUCCCGCGGCAACGCCACGCUGAUCCUCAGGAGGAGCGGCCUCAAGGACAGGGGCACGUACAGGUGUCACGUGCGCACGGCGAGCGGCGAGCACAACGCCAAAGUCAUCCUGAAGGUGGAAGCACCCAUCCGAGGCCUGGCUCUGGAGCUGUCCAGGCUGAGCGGCUACGAGGAGAUGAAGUGCACCGUCCGCAAUGUCUUCCCGGCGCCCCGCGUAACCUGGGCGACCGAGCCGCCCACGUUCGAGGACCUGCGGCCGGUCACGCGGAUGCUGGCGGACAAACAGGGGCUGUACAUGGUCGACAGCCGCCUCCGACUGCUCAAAGGACAGUCCGACCUCGUGUACAUCUGCAAAGUGGCAACCCCGUACGGUGGGCCGGCCUGGACGGCCUCGCUCAGGGAGAGAGAGAUCAGAGGGACUCAGGGCAGAGAUCUGACCAUCCCCUGCUCCGCCCCGUCUUACCUGAACCACCCCUCCCUGGAGUGGAGCUUCUCCGGCGGCGAGGACCCCUCGCACAUCCUCACCUACGACAGUCGGUCGGGCCGCAGCAUCUCCACGGCGCCGUGGGACAGCCACGUGGAGCUGGACGGCUUCAGGGUCCCGUUCGGCGACGGCUCCCUGAGACUCAUGGACCCCAGGCACUCGGAGCACACGGGCAGCUACACCUGCAGGUUCUCCGUGCCGUACGGCGCGCACACCGAGCGCACGGACGUCACCAUCGACGGCCCCGACGGUGAGCGCAGCGUGGCAGACGAGCCGUCUCAUUGGUGGAUCUUCGGCCUGGUGAUAGCAGGACUCAUCCUGGCUCUGUCCGUGAUGCUGGCCUGCCUGAAGCUGAAAGGAGCCAGAGGCAGGAAGCCCAGAGACGACCCUGAAGAGGUCACAGAGCUGCACGUGGUCAAAGACUCGACAGGAGACCGUCACCUGAACGAGAGAACGGCCUUCAACGGACAAUCGGGCCUCCAGACCUGAGAGCAAACCUGGCAACGCCAACCUGGCAACGCCAACCUGGCAACAACUAGAACUAACUGAACUAACUAACAGAACGAGCACACGCGCACAGCUACACACUGAAGAGGAGCCGAGAGCUUUUUUAUUAUUAUUAUUAAAUUAACAUACUGAAUAUAAAUAUUUCACACUACUUUGGCAUAUUUGGAUGUUUGGAUUCUAGAGGAAACGCUGACGAACUGCUCAUUUAUCAGCUGACGUGAUGAACACGCAAGGAAAGCAAAAACUGCUUUCAACGUCUUCAGGGUUUGCGAGCGCAGACAGUUUAUAUUUCAGCCUUGAAUCUUUUAAAGGGGGAAUGUCGUCAAAGAAGAAGAAGAAGAAGAAGAAGAAGAAGAAACCUGAAGGCUGAAUCGGAAACCAAAAGUUUCAGGGAACGUUUUCAGAACAAAGGAACGUUACCUGCAUUGCCACCGAGGAAGAGGAGGAAGAGGAGGAGGGUCUGGAUUAGGUUUUCUCUUUAAUACAUUUCCCAGAGUGCAUUAGUGCAGCUCUAGCGCCGGGUCAGACCAGACGUGUCAGGGUGAAGAUCAAUGUGAGGAGAAAUGUUUGGUUGCAGAUGCUCCAGUGAUGUCGAGACAAUCAGACGGAGCGGGAGGGGAACCGUCAGUCAAACGUGUAGCUCCUCCCACAUCACAUCAUUCAAUAAAGUUAUUAGUGUCCAUCACAGACUUGACUGAAUGCAAACAAUAAGCUAAAAAAAAACAAAAGCUCCAGCAGCUUCAACCAUGUUGGACGGAUCGAGAGAUUCAUACUCGGGCCAUCGGAGGAACUCUAUGAGCCGAGAACCAAAGUGUCUUUGAACUCAGCGUGUUGCAAGAAAACGGAAGAUUAUUCCAACAUGAACCACUGACCUCAUGUUUCUUUUUUGUUCACUGUCCUGCUGCAAUGAGAACUCCCUGGGGGGGCAGAGCUCCUUGUCCCGGAUCUAUAGAUUAUAAAAUGUGACAGUAAAUCACUGGUGGCGACUGAACGAUUACUGACUUUCACUUUUCACGUGGAGAGAAAACACAAGCUUGACAAGAAACCUACAAAUCAAUACGUUUAAUAUUUAACACUUUCUCUGUGCACUGCCACACGGAUAAUCACGUGCCGUGUCAUAAUUAAUGUGAUGUGUCAUUAAAAGAAAAGACUAAUUAA